AUGGGGAACAUCUUUGCAGACCUCUUAAAGGGCUUUUUUGGCAAAAGGGAAAUGCGCAUCCUCAUAGUGGGCCUGGAUGCUGCAGGGAAGACGAUUUUGUGCAAGCUGAAGCUCAGUGAGAUCAUGACCACCAAUCCCACCAUAGGUUUCAAUGUGGAGACUGCAGAAUUCAAGAACAUCGGCUUCACAGUGUGGAAUGUAGGCUGCCAGGACAAGACUCAGUCACUGUGGUGCCACUACUUCCAAAAUACCCAAGGCUUGAUCUUUGUGGUGGACAGCAAUGACAGACAGCAUGUGAAUGAGGCAGGGAAGGAGCUCAUGAGGAUACUAGCUGAGGAUGAGCUGAGGGAUGCAGUCCUCCUAGUGUCUGCCAAUAAGCGGGACCUCCCAAAUGCCAUGAAUGCAGCUGAUAUAACAGACAAGCUGGAGCUGAAGUCCCUAUGCCACAGGAGCUGGUACAUUUAG